AUGGCCGACGAUGGAAUGUUAAUGAAUUUUGAGAUUGGGGAUGUACCUAUAGUUGCGAAACAAGCAUUUAAAGGAGGACGCUGGAAGGAUCGAUUGGCUGCGAAAAAAACUGCGCAGCACCGAGUCACUAAGAGCACGAAUAAACCAUCAGCGAGAGAAAUAUUUUCUGAACCACAACAUGACACCAGCACGGAAGAGUAUAUCGGGCGAGGAGAUUCAUCAAGAGCACCGAAGCGACAACGAGUCGAUGAUAAUUACAACUCUUAUGGUGGAAGAAAUGAAAAUACAGCAGCUUACGCUUCCGGAAAGCUUCCAUCUGGAAGUAUAAAUGUUGGAGGAGGUAGGAAGACAACUUUUCAAGAAGAACCUAGAACAGCAUUCGUCGCUGGCAAAUUGCCUCCUGGAAGUAUCAAUAUUGGUGGAAAGAAGGCUACCCAAAUCGAGGACGAGGGUAGAGCAGCGUAUGCUUCCGGAAAAUUGCCUCCAGGCAGUAUAAAUUCUGGCGCAAAGAAGGCCAUUUCAUUCCAGGAUGAAACGAGACCGGCUUAUAUCUCUGGAAAGCUCCCGCAUGGCAGUAUCGAUGGUAUGCGAAACCGCGAAAUGGCUGCUGUCCACCGCGAAAUUGCUGAGGGUGGGAGGAAACCAGGCCAGGUUGUCUCGUCUCUAUUCACAUUCAAUCCCACUUCAAAGAAAACUUUCGACGAGCCUGGAGAACAAGCGGAACCAGCAAAACCAUCCAAUGCACCUUUGACAGAGGAAAUGGCGACAUUCACCAACCUAGGACUAUCGAGAAGGCUUGCAGCCCAUUUAUCGACUAAACUCGAUAUGAAAGCUCCAACCGCCAUUCAAAAAGCAUCUGUACAGCAGCUGAUAUCAGACGAUAGCGAUGCAUUCAUACAAGCAGAGACUGGAUCCGGAAAAACCUUGGCAUACCUACUACCUAUAGUUGAGCGGAUAUUGGCGUUGAGUGAGAAUGGCGUACAGAUACAUCGAGAUUCCGGACUUUUUGCAAUUAUUCUUUCACCCACAAGAGAACUGUGCAAACAAAUUGCAGCUGUGCUGGAGAAAGUUUUACGCUGCGCGCCAUGGAUUGUUGGUACGACUGUUAACGGAGGAGAAAGUAAGCAAUCAGAAAAAGCCAGACUUCGCAAGGGUGUCAAUAUUCUUGUUGCAACACCGGGAAGAUUGGCAGAUCAUCUCGAUAACACAGAAGUGUUGAACGUAGCCACUGUCAGAUGGUUAGUGUUAGAUGAAGGAGAUAGAUUAAUGGAGCUUGGGUUCGAGGAAGAGAUUAAAGGAAUCGUUGAGAAGAUAGGCAGAAGAUCAGUUGCUAAAGCAAAUUCGGAUAUGGGGUCACUUCCGAAGCGCAGAGUUACUAUUUUGUGUUCUGCUACAAUGAAGAUGAAUGUUCAGCGUUUGGGAGAGAUCAGUUUGAAGGAUGCUGUGCACAUUCAAGCGGAUCCUUCUGAGCAAGAGAAACAAGACAAGGAAAAUGGCAUUGAAGUCCAAGAUAAAGCAUUCUCUGCCCCUACGCAAUUGAAGCAGUCAUAUGCUAUUGUUCCCGCAAAACUCAGACUCGUUACCCUGACGGCUCUUUUGAAACGUGCUUUUGCACGAAAAGGAUCCGUGAUGAAGGCAAUCGUUUUCAUCUCUUGUGCUGACUCUGUUGACUUUCACUUCUCGCUCUUCUCUCGUACCCCAGAAGCUUCGGCUGAGGCUGUGGACGAGGAGAAGGUUGAUCUUCCUGCAUUGCCAAAAUCAGAAUUGGUCAAAGAGACCAUUGCGCAUGGGACUACGAUUUCAAACAAUUCCAACCCUGUAAUUUUACACAAACUUCACGGAUCUCUUGCACAAAACAUCAGAACAGCAACACUCAAGGCAUUUUCCGAAUCUACGGAACCUUGUGUGAUGAUAUGUACUGAUGUUGCAUCUCGAGGUCUUGAUCUUCCAAAUGUUGACUUUGUCAUCGAGUAUGAUCCACCUUUCAGCGCGGAAGAUCACCUACAUCGUGUUGGCCGAACAGCUAGAGCUGGUCGCGAGGGUCGUGCUUUGAUCUUCCUUAUGCCUGGCGUCGAGGAGGAAUAUGUUUCUAUCUUAGCAUCCGGAUACCGUGAAGGAAAGAAAGCCCUGACACGUCACACUGCUGAGGAUUUGAUACAGAAGGGUUUUGGUGGCAUAGGUCGCGAAUGGGAAGAGAGAGCUACAAAUUUUCAACUUGAAGUUGAACGAUGGAGUUUGGACUCACCAAAAUAUCUUGAGAUGGCACGCCGUGGAUACCAGAGUCAUAUUAGGGCCUAUGCCACUCACGUCGCAAAUGAGAGACACAUAUUCAAUAUGCAAGAAUUGCACUUGGGUCAUUUGGCCAAAGCAUUCGCCUUGCGAGACAAACCUGGAAGCAUAAAGGUACCAGGAUUGAGGCCAUCGAAGAUGACCAAAGCAGAUAGAAGUGUCGCGGCCAGGAAGGCGAAGAGGGGCGAGAAAGCAGAAGAUAAAGCUCCCGAGGGAGAAAGGGUGCGUAAACAAAAGAAAAUGGAGUUGGACUUGCCUACUGUAGAUGGCAAUGAAGCUGCCGCGAGGAUGAAGAGGAAGAUGAAGGAGCACAUGGCUGCUGCAAGCGAGUUUAAUAUUGGUUGA